CACCACUUCGUCUUCCUCAUCCAUCAAAAGUCACUCGACACUCAUCCAAAAUGGUGCGCAUCUACCGCUAAGUACCAGGCUCCCGGUGGGGCAUCACAUCGCCUCGGAGCACGCUUAAGUCGUCGCAUGAACGGCAAGCCGCCGAGACCAACUCGUUCGCUCUCGUGCGACGAGAAAACGGUACGAUGAGAAGAAGCAGCGGCGGUACAGUUUGAUCGAGGCUUGCCUCGUCGAACAACCAAGGUGCUGACCGCCUCUCUCUAUGGCUAUGCCUUCAGGUGCUCUUGCGAGCGAGUCACCCACUCGUGAUGACCUUGAGCACGGAGCUCUGGCCCACUUUUGUGUCCUCGGACCGGUGCCAUCUUCCGACGCCGACACCGUAAAAGAACCCUCUGCGGUCUUGUCCUGGGAGUAGCCAGGUUGGACAGUCGAGCUGCCAAAGAUUGUCUCGACGACCUCGGUCUAGAGUAUUCUUUUAGAGCGACGUGAUGCCCUGUAGUACCUCUUUAUUGAAGGGAACCGGGCUGGCGUUCGUCUCAAUGACCCCCUUUUUAACACUUUCACAGCCCAAGGCCGCUACCACCAAGUCCAAGAAGCCCGCUGCUGCCCCCUACGGCACCAAGGUCGCCAAGAAGGCCGCGCAGAACCCUCUCUUCGAGAAGCGCACCCGCACCUUCGGCAUUGGUGGUGACCUCCCCCCCAAGCAGGACCUUACUCGCUUCGUCAAGUGGCCCGAGUACGUCCGCCUCCAGCGCCAGAAGGUCAUCCUUCACCAGCGCCUGAAGGUCCCCCCCGCCAUCGCCCAGUUCUCGCACACCCUUGACAAGAACACCGCCACCCAGCUCUUCCAGCUCCUCAACAAGUACAAGCCCGAGUCGAAGCAGGAGAAGAAGGCCCGUCUCCUCGCCGAGGCCGAGGCCAAGUCCAAGGGUGACGCCACCACCAAGGACUCGAAGAAGCCCCUCUUCGUCAAGUACGGCCUCAACCACGUUGUCGCCCUUGUCGAGGCCAAGAAGGCUCAGCUCGUUGUCAUUGCCGACGACGUUGACCCCAUUGAGCUCGUUGUCUUCCUCCCCGCUCUCUGCCGCAAGAUGGGUGUCCCCUACGUUAUCGUCAAGGGCAAGUCCCGUCUUGGUCUUGUUGUCAACAAGAAGACCUCGGCCGUCGCCGCCAUCACCGAGGUCCGCUCGGAGGACGCUCAGGCCCUCGCCACCCUUGUCUCGGCCGCCAAGGCCAACUACCUCGACAAGGCCGACGAGUUCCGUCGCCACUGGGGCGGUGGUAUCCGUGGCAACAAGUCGGUUGCCAAGCUCCGCAAGCGCGCUAAGGCUUCGGGCCAGGACGCCAAGAAGAUCGACAUCUCGCUCUAAGCGGGUAGUUGUUCAUCUUUCGGUUUCAGAGGCAUUUGUUUCGUCGUAUGACGGUCUGUAUAGGCAAUGUAUGAUUUAGCUCAUGCCUCCUACUCUCUCAUACAUUUGGUGCAUGGUCAUUUGCAUGG